AUGUCUAGCUCAGAAUCCAUUAGAAUGGUCUUGAUCGGCCCACCAGGUGCCGGUAAAGGUACUCAAGCUCCAAACCUGCAAGAACGUUUCCACGCCGCCCAUUUGGCUACCGGUGACAUGUUGAGAUCCCAGAUCGCAAAGGGUACUCAAUUAGGUUUGGAAGCAAAGAAGAUCAUGGACCAAGGUGCUUUGGUCUCCGACGACAUCAUGGUCAACAUGAUCAAGGAUGAAUUAACCAACAAUCCAGCUUGUAAAAACGGUUUCAUUUUGGACGGUUUCCCAAGAACCAUUCCUCAAGCCGAAAAGUUGGACCAAAUGUUGAAAGAGCAAGGUACUCCUUUGGAAAAAGCCGUCGAAUUAAAAGUCGAUGAUGAAUUAUUGGUUGCUAGAAUCACCGGUAGAUUGGUCCAUCCAGGUUCCGGUAGAUCUUACCACAAACUCUUCAACCCACCAAAGGAAGACAUGAAGGACGAUAUCACUGGUGAAGCUCUAGUCCAAAGAUCCGAUGACAAUGCUGACGCUUUGAAAAAGAGAUUGGAUGCUUACCACGCUCAAACCGAACCAAUUGUCGGUUUCUACAAGAAGUCUGGUAUCUGGGCUGGUGUUGACGCCUCUCAACCUCCUGCCACCGUUUGGGCCGAAAUCUUGAAGAGCCUGGGUAAGAACUAA